AUGUCUGCCCCUAUGUACUGGCGGAAAUUCACUCGAGAUGGUAGUCGUGAUGUUGACACCCAAGCUGACGCUGCCUUCUUGGAAGCCAAUUUCACCGAUUACUUCGGACGGCGGCUACAGGAAGGGGACUACGGUUCGCACCGGUCAUACGAUGCUCUUAUGUUGACUUUCACGGUGGCCGACGGAAGCUUCAUCCCGGCCGGCCAGAAACCACCGUCUUGGUUUAAUCCACACAUCCGCGUAGUGACGCUGGUUUGCCAAGGGGGUAAAAGCUUCUUCAAUUCGUCCCCAGCGGAGUGGACACUAUGCAUCGUGGGAUCGAGCUCCUUGUACUCGGAAGACCGAAAUGAAUCCUUCCUGCAAGUGGUGUCUUGGAAUGGUUCAGAAUUCAAGUUUUAUCAGAACGAUAUUGUGAAUGGCGCCGGCUCCGAAUCGUUCUGGAACUACUUUGGAAAAUCAAUGGACGCGUUUGGUGAGAGUGAGUAUCUUGGCCCCUUCAACGGCCAUGUGAACGGGGCCUGCAUCAUGAAGGAACUACGGAGGCCGUGGCCCCACUGGUAUACUCUCUCGAACUCCUUCCAGUCGUGUUUUAGUCCGGACAACGUUGCAACGCUUGAGAAGGCCCCCUAUACUACCAUACCCGGACUGGGGCUUUUAUCGGGCGUCAACCCCAACCCUGCCGAGCUCGAGUCCGCUGUGUCAUCAGGCGUUGCCAACUGGACCUACAGUAGGUUCCAGAAUGAUUUCAUGAAUACCACACAGCGUCCUUUCAAGCCCCUGAAGAACCCAACAAAUAUUUCACGCUGGACGGCUCACAUGUUCUUGACAACAACCAUCAACAUCGGCGCGACGACCAAGGCACCUGAAUCAAAGGGGUAUCAUUUGCCAUACAGCCACUUUUACGACAAUGAACUGCAUCAGAAGUUUCACUUGAUUCCUGAUUUCACGCUGCCUUGGCGGUCUCUUGGUGGCGACAAGCGAGAUAGACCCGACCGGAAGGACAUAGGCUACAAAAUAGCCCUCGCAGGCGAGGGCCCGUCGCCGUUCAACUUCCUGCAGUCUUCAUUCGAGGACGCACAAGGCGUGGUCAAGAUCCAGAACAUCAUCAAAGACAACAGCGACUAUAGCCAACCACGUUACGUCGGGCUUUUCACUCAGCAUACCUUCUACACCAUCAUGAUGCUUGACUUUUGGAACCCAGUCUACUCCUGGAAGCGCGGCAUCUUGAUGAGGUACGUCCCACAGACGGCAACCUUCAACGACGGGAGGUACGACCUGGACGCCAAAUUUGUCGCCAAUGUCAAGAAAUCCCCGCACGCCAGCGAGCCGGGCUCCCCGGAGUACGAAUUCCUCCAGUUACUCAACAAGACGCUACCGGACUUCCAACAGAUGAUCCGCGACUACCUCGCCGCCGUCGUCAACCGCAUCAAGACCGACCUAGUGCCGGCCCUCAAGGAUUAUCUUUCCCUCGCCGAAUCCCGCAGACGCAUAUACCGGCCUCUGCCCUUGGACGAAUGCGGCUACAGCCUGCCUUACGCCACCGAAAUCCCCUUCAUCCCCGGCGAAAACCUACUGGAGAUGACGCUAAAGGGGACGAUUCAGGUCAUGGACCAGCGUGGCCAGGCCUUUCUUAACGCGUGGACGGUCACCCUCGCCGAGCCAGAUCCCCAUGUGAUUCCUCCUCCGGCAGUUGGCGGUCCCGGCGAUGAGCCGGAAGGGCCGGCCCUGCCAAUCUACGUUCUCCCAAGACCUGGGAGACUCGAAAUUCCGUGCCGGAGUUUAACAGGUUCGACGGGGUUGGCAUCAGCCUCCUGUCCUGCUAGCCGCCGUUCCCGCCGGGCGGGAGGAGGUUGCCCUUUUGGGAAUCAGAACAUGGCAUAA